AUGGAGGUUUUGAUUCCAGCUGAUAAGAUGGAUUUUGAUUUCAACAGUGCAAGAUCUUCACCAUCUGUUAGUGCACCUUCUACUCCAAAGCGUUUUGGGGAAUACUAUUGCAGCGCUCCUACUAGUCCUUCCCAUUUGUCGCAGUUUUACCGGGAUUUCGACGAAUUCAUGGUCACUAGUGGUGGCGGUGCUGGUGGCGGUGGUGAUGGUGAUGGUGGGGGUGGUGUUCCAUUUGAUUUUGCUUUUGACAUCAGUGAGGAAUCGGAAACUGCCUCUCUUUCGGCUGAAGAGCUCUUUGAUGGCGGCGUAAUUAAGCCUCUGACACUAAAUCCGCCGCCUCGGCUGCGACUUCCUCCUGGAGCAAGAAUUAAACCCAAAUCGCCAAGAGGUAAAAAGAUUUUUAAGGAUGUUUUUUCACCAAGAAACAAGAAAGAAUCCGACGACCCUUUUGAAAUUGCUGCUCGAAACGCCACUAAAACGCUGCAACCGGAGCCGGAAAGAGGAAGACAGAGAUCUUCUAACUUAUCUUCAUCAUCAAGCAGAAGAGCUACACGAUCACUUUCUCCACUAAGAGAUUCCCAGUAUCCCUGGGGAGAAGAGCUUCAGUUUUCGAAACGUGUGCAAGAAGAAAACAUUAGUACUAUUUCAGAAGUUUCUGUGCAACCUAAAAAUAUUUGUUCAUCUUUGUCAUCUUCAUCCUCGAAAGGUCACAAGAAAUGGAGAUUUAAGGACUUUUUCUUAUUCCGAAGCGCAUCCGAAGGCCGAGCAUCUGAUAAAGAUCCUUUGAAGAAAUACACAGCAGUGCCUUUCAGAAGACAUGAAGAUUUGAAGAAUUCGAGCUUUCGAACAAUUGACAGCUCGGGUUCGGGAUCCGGCACCCGAAGAAGAGGUCCGGUUUCAGCUCAUGAAUUACAUUAUACAAUAAAUCGAUCGGUUUCUGAAGAUUUGAAGAAGAAAACAUUUUUGCCUUACAAGCAAGGGAUUCUUGGGCGACUAUCGUUCAAUCCUGCUGUUCAUGCUUUGGCCAAUGGCUUUGGAUUCUCUCGAAAAUGA